CUGAUAACUUCUAAGGUGAUUUUAGGGCCAGAGAUUGUAGACGAAUCUAGUCGGUAUUCAACAUGUAAAGAAACCACCCAAACAAUUUACGAUUUUCGUGUGCAGACUUUAAACAACGAUUAUGUGGAUUUGAGUCGUUACAGAGGCAAACUGCUGCUAAUUGUUAAUGUCGCAACAUUUUGUGGUACAAUUUGUCCUUAUACUCAACAGUACCUCGAUUUCAACCCGAUGUUAGAGCGUAAUAACAAAAGCGAUUUGUACAUUGCUGCCUUCCCUUGUAAUCAGUUCUAUCUGCAAGAGCCAGCGUUGAAUCAUGAAAUUAUGAACGGAGUGAUGUAUGUUCGACCGGGUAACGGUUGGAGGCCGCAUAAAAAACUUCAUAUUUAUGGAAAAGUUGAAGUAAAUGGCAACAAACAGCAUCCACUUUUUGAAUUUUUAAAAAAUCAGUGUCCGCAAACGGUGGAUACAAUUGGUAAAAGGGACGAAUUGAUGUAUGACGUAAUUAGGCCAAACGACAUAACAUGGAAUUUUGAAAAAUUCCUUGUUGACCGAAAUGGGGUUGUAAGGUAUCGUUUCCAUCCAACGGCCUGGGAGAAAGGUGAGACUGUGCAGAGACAUGUCGAUCACCUGGCUAGUAAAUUGCCAUAA